UUAGUCCUUGCUAAGGACCAAAUCACUGUCAAUUUUAUCAAGAGUUUUAUUGCCAAUGAGAAUAAACCAACUAUGCUUAUCUGCAACAAUUUGUGCUGGAGAAAAAGUGAAGAAAUUGCAUUCUUUAAAGAAUUAGCUGAUGCGGGUAUUCGAUCGUCAUCUGUUUUCAUAGAACGUUCUUCUCUUCAAGACCAUGCCUUACUAUACUUUGUUGAUUUAAGUUGUCCUCUUGCAGAUGUUGCUUUGAAUAUUUCAGGACACCUUCGAUUCCCUUACCGUUGGCUGGUUUUACAUCACAAAAUUAAUCAUAAUAAUUAUGAUGUUAAAAAUCUUUGGAAUCUACCGUUGUUGGCUGAUAGCGAAUUCGUCUUAGCUAUACGAAACGGAGACAAGAUAACGCUUUCAGAAUUACACAAGCCGUCUUCGAACGGCCCUGCGUAUUCAAAUCCUCGUGGAUACUACAAUGACAUAUUUGUGGACACUAGAACCAAUCGAGAGUUGUUCAGAAGAAGAAAAGACAUAAUGGGUCAUCCUUUAACAAUGGCCAACGUUAUACAAGACAGCAACUCAUCUAUAUAUCACUUGCCAAGGGAAAAUAGACUGGAACUUUAUCACGAUCCCAUAGCUAAAAGAUCAUGGAUGAACGUACAUAUCGCAUUUCAAAUGCUGAACGCAACGCCGAGAUACAUUUUCAGUCACAGAUGGGGCUACAAGCGCAAUGGACAGUGGUCUGGAAUGAUCAAUGAUCUUAACACUGGUAGAGCUGAUUUAGGUACAAAUUGUGUUGCAAGUUCGGAUCGACUAGGUGUUGUUGUCUUUACAGAUUCAAUAUCUAAGUUUAAAGUUAAAUUUAUCUUCAGACAACCACCCCUUUCCUACGUCUCAAACAUUUUCACGCUACCGUUUUCUUUUAACGUCUGGAUGGCGACUAUUCUCACUUUUAUCAUAUCUAGUGUAACCAUUCUUUUGGCUUCUAAAUUGGAAACUCUAAGCUUGGGCAAGACACAAACUCAGCUCGAUGGAAGUAUUGGAGACGCAAUGCUUUUGACAAUGAGUGCUUUAAGUCAGCAGGGUUGUUCUAAGGAACCGAAACAGCUAUCAGGUCGUAUAAUGUUAUUCGUAAUAUUCACUGCACUAAUGGCUCUUUAUGCGGCGUAUUCGGCUAAUAUUGUUGUGUUAUUACAAGCACCUUCUAAUUCAAUAAAGACGUUAGAACAACUCGCCCAUUCUAAAAUGACAAUUGCCGCUUUAGACGUCGAUUACAAUCAUUUUGUACUUAAGGCACAAAAAGACCAACUGAGACGUCUUAUUUAUAAAAGAAUAAAACCAGAAAAAGGGGAAGGGCAUUUUUACAAUUUGAAUGAAGGUGUGGAACGUGUGAGGCAGGGUUUGUUUGCGUUUCAUUCGCUCAUGGAAUCAGUAUACCGACGCGUUGAGGAAACAUUCUUGGAGACAGAAAAAUGUGACUUGAUGGAAGUGGAUUUCAUGAACGCUUUAGAUCCAUUUGUACCAAUAUACAAGCAUUCGCCAUACAUAGAGUUGCUGAGAGUUGCCUUCAAGCGCAUCCACGAGUCUGGUAUUCAAAUGGCUCUCCAAAAACGCAUUGAUGUCCCGAAGCCGCGAUGCGCGGAGAAAAUGUCGGCUUUCAGCAGCGUCGGUCUACCAAACUUACGACCAGUUCUACUAUUUAUGAUGUAUGGGAUAACUGCUUCAAUUGUAAUACUAGUAAUCGAAAUCUUAGUACAUAAAAUGUAA